AUGGCGGAUAUGGGUAAAUGUUGUGUUCACCUGUGUCUACGGUGGUUUGUGUUUUUCUUUAUCACAGAAUUUGCUUCACCGGAAUACAGGACAGGCAAUGAGGAGGUAGCUUCCAAUUCACAGUGGUAUCAACCAGUUGAAGUAUUUGAAUACAAAGGAUAUAGGAAUGUUCAGCUAUUCCACUACAAAAUGGCAAGUCACGUUACCGAGUCUAUGUGGCAUUUUACGGCCUUCCAGAAGGGGGAUGAUUCCUGUCAGCAAAUGAACGUUCAGAUAGCUUUACAGUGGGGCAGCUAUCCAGUUAUAAAUCCAACAAACACAUCAUUCCCUGAAGACACUGUCUUGAAAAGAACUGCUUUACUGGAGUUUGAGACACCUAGUGACUAUUCAGUAAAAUUUCUUACUUAUGGUAGUCCCUUGGAAGGUGAUUGGUUUGCAGCAGCAUAUCUUCCCUCCCCAACAGAAUCCGCCGAAAUCCAACCUCAUGGACUUGGUGAAACAUGUCAUUAUUUCCUUGGUUCAUGGUUGGAGUACAAACGACAAGUAGACAUACCAGUAUUAACAUCUUAUACAGUCUUUGAAGAUUACAUGCAUGACAGUAAAGAUAGUUUUUAUUACAAAUUUUAUGUGGCGACUAACUUCAGGACAUUGCAGUUCAUUUUGAAUGGUUGUGAAUUAAAUUCAUCGCUUACAUUAGAUACCAGAUGUCCCCUGGAAAUUGCUGUUCGUCCAAAUGCACUUCCUCAUCAAUACGUUGAUUGGACUGAUUGUAAUGAUACAUGUGACAUACAGGUCAUACAACCACUCAGAUCUUCUUGGUAUUAUUUAGAAGUGAAACGAACGAUUGAAAAUGUAUCCAUUUCUUUUGUACUCAGUGUAGAAGUUGAAGACUGUAAAGCAUCAGAUGGUUACCAUCUAUACCAAGUUCCAACUUCGGACAGUCAUCACCAUCCCAUGAAUAUUGAAGUACUCACCCCACACAUAGAGUCAACUUUUCCCUAUGUAAAGAAUGUUGACAGCAAUGAGGUGGAAAGCAGGACAUCAUCACUGUAUCAAAUGAACCCUAAGGAAUCACAGUUUACAAACCUAAAUACAUUUGAUGAUGUUUUUGACAACAAUACUUGCUUACCUGGUGCACCAAUGGAACGUUUGAAAUAUGUACAGGACUUCUCAAUAAAGUACACUCAUAGAGAUUCAACUCAUAAUAGUACCUAUAAUGUGGUGUUUGUUGAGCCGAUGAAGCCAAGUAUUGUAUCAUUUGACAUCAGACCCAUCAUUGAACUUGGUGGUAGUAUCACUGUUAUUGUAAAACUACUAGAAGAA